AUGGGAAAAUCAAAAUCCUCACGCAACAUAAAAAAAAUAACCCUGCAAGAACGCCACGUCGACUGGAUGCUAGCUUGUCCUGAUCCAACUCCACUUGCAUUUUUUCAAUUUAUAUUUCCAUCUCACCGAGUUAACGCAUCUAAAAAGUAUAAGAAGGCGCUCGACCUUGCUUUUAAGGAAGCCGUUGAUGAGGAUUUCCGUAAUAAGAUCGAAGAAAUGAAAAAAUCAGCCAAUGAAGCAAGAAUUUUAGAAGAUUGGGAAACAUGGAUGCAACAAAAAACAGCGAUUUUAGUUCGUCGUGGUGUACGUAAUACCAAUCUUAGUCUUCAUGAGGAGAUAAACACGUUGUCAUUAAAUAAGGAGGGGUCAUCGGCAAAAAACAUGAAAUCUGAUUCAGAUUCGGACACGAGUGAACAUCUGGAGGAAGAAGAUCAGGAAGAAGAGGAGUCUGCAGAUGAGAUCGACAAAUUCUUUAUGAACAAGGGAAAUAAUGAAAAGAUUCGUAACGAUAUUACCAGCAAUGAUAUUGGUAAUAUUAACUUCGUGGAACGUAUAGAAGAAUCCAAGCUAAUGUCAUCAACCUGUCAACGUCCGUGGGUCCUCCGUAGUGGUACAAAUGUAGGAGAUAAAUUGGCAAGUUACGUCAAGACGAUUCCUGAGACCCAAAAAUGUUUGAACCUCGCAUAUUGGAAUAUACUUGAUUUGACCGAGAAUACCCAAAUAAAAUCUCUUUUCUCGACGAAUGACUGGGAAGAAAUGGUUGAAAGUUUCAAUAAUGAAGUUAAAUUGAUCGAAUCGGAUUUUCUUGAUGUGGUGGAGUAUUUUUUCGAUGAAGUUGAAAAAAUUACAAAAAAAGAUGAUAAAGAUAUCAUCAACGCGAUCGAUGGAUUAACCCCAGAAAUUAUUGAAACGAAUCGAAAAGUAGAGCUUAGCGAUGAGGAAAAAAAUGUUAUUUCCAUUUUAAGACGGGCUGUUGUCACGUAUGCUGAAAAUUUGGAAAGAGUUGAUCUUCCCGUUUCCGAGGCUGACUUCGACAACGCAUUUCCCAACAUGCUUGCCAAAAGAUUCUUAAAUAGGGAGGAACUAAAGAUGGAUGUUGGAGAAAUUGCAUGUUGGGCGUCAGCUUAUCGCCGAAAUGAAGGUCGUUCCGUUGUUUUCAGAGCUCGCAUUGGACAAAAGUGCGACUUUCGAGGAACUUUGAAAAAGAGUAUCAACAAGUUUGAGGCUCUUAUAGGUCUCAGAAGUGGUGGACUCCCAGAGCCUCAUAAAAAAAAAAUUUACGAAGACAAAGUUGAUCUAAGCGUGGCAAUGCGGGAUAUCUUAUAUACGUUCUUUAGAGAGAAUUCUAAAGCACCUAGCUCUGACAUUCAUUCCACAUUUGUCCUUGGAAUACACUCGUGGGGAUGGAUUCAUGAUAUAUAUGGAAUGGACUGUAAAGCGACAAAUAUACUACGACUUGGUUGUAUUUCUCAUUCAAAGAUGCCCAACACCCUAAAAACGCUCUCAGUACUCGAAAGUUUCUAUGUACUUUUUACGGAUCUGCAGACCACGUUGAAUACUAUUUGUGAACACACAAAUAGUGUCUCGCUUGCACAUUCACGUGCACACAGAAAUCGAAAAAGGAAGAAUCCGGAACAAGCUGGUGAGAAAGGAGGAUCAUUCGGAAAUCCUUCACAAAGCCCAGCAAAGAAGGAUAGAAAAUAUGAAGAUCAUUAA